AUGCAGCGCCAGCGUCUUGCAGAAAAGAAAAGUGUCGAAGAGAAGCGAAUUGAAGUCAAGAGACUUACGUGCGAGCUUGAACAAGCGAUUGAAAGACUUAUGAAUGAGCUGGAGUGUAGAAAAAUACGAAAAGUCGGGCAAGGAGUUGAUCUACAAAGCGUUAAAGACGAAGAAGAAGAAGGCUAUCAAGUAGAGAAAGACGAUAUGAUUCUAGGUUGUAAGCUCUGGGAAGGUGACGGAACUACUGCUAUACUGUUGAAGCAGCGUUAUUUGAGUCUUGUAUUGCAACAAGGCGCAAUGACUGAAGUAAAUCGACGACUGAGUGAGAGAUUUGAGAAAUGGAAGAAAUUCAUGAAACUUCUGGGGAUCGAACAUGAACGACUGGUGGAAGAUACGAUUGAGUCCGAUAACCGGUGGGUGCAUGAAGGAGAAGAAGGACACUGGGUGGUUUUCUCCCAGGAAGAGCCUGUCAUAUUUUAUCAGCCAAUUGCGAGGCAUACGUGCCACGAACUGGCUUUUCGAGCUUAUCAGCGUAUGCAAGAAGUAAAACAUGGACCCGGGGCCAGGACACUCUAUAACGAAGCUUUUGGCUGGAAAGUGUGUUUCUCGAUGCAUGAGGUAGAUGAAACGAAUGUGCAUAAGACCCGGAUGCAGCAUCGAUCAACGAAGAGAAUUAGUGCCGUCGACGCCGGUGGAAAACAUAUUACAGGCGACACAUUAGCAGCGAUGACGUGGAAGAUUAUCAGCACACCGGAACUAUACACGCAGAUGUAUCGCAGACCCAUGACUUCGAAAAUUUUACAGCAGGUGCAAGAUUGUGUGAUUGAUCAAACUUCUGGUAUGAUGGGCGUUAAAAGCAGUAUUCGUCGCCGCGUAACGAUCUUGACCUCAAUCCUCGAUCCGAGCAAGUGUGUUCCGUAUGCUAGCACCCAUAUGAUGACCUCAAAGGUUGAGUGGAUGCGAGAAGGCAUGAGUUACCUGUCGUUUACUGAAAUAGAUGAUGAUGACAGCGUCGAGAUCGAGUAUGGUGGCUUGAUGAAUGUAGGCAGUGAGACAGCCUCGUGCACAGGGUUGCCGUUCGUUGCAAUGAAUAUAGGUGAAGCUCUUGUGCGUUGGGAGCAACUGGUCACAUCUAUGCGGAUAUUGUCGAUGACCGGAGGAAAUUAA